UUGGCUGCAGUUUACUGCAUGAGAUUGCCCCACAAAAGUUGCACAAGCUGGACACAUAUUUCUACAUUUUGUGUGUUGUGCUAUGAUUGCUGUUGGUAAAAUGAAAACAACAUCCGUCUUCUUUUUCUGCUUUGUGUCCAUUUGCAAUGCAGUUAUCUAUUCUGCAUUAGAAAAAGGCCAAGAUUUGACCUAUUGGCAAAAAGAGGGAUGGAUUAAAGGAAGCAAAGUUGAGCCAACCAAGCUAUUGCAACUGACAUUUGCCCUAAAGCAAGAAAAUGUUGGAAAGUUAGAAGAACUCCUUCUAAAGGUUUCAGAUCCUGCUUCCAAAUCCUAUGGACAUUACCUUAGUGUAGAUGACAUUACUAAUAUUGUUUCACCAACAAAACAUGCAGUUGAUGUAGUUAAGACCUGGCUUUCAAAUCAUCAUGUAACUGAUUGUGACCUGACACAAAACAGGGAUUUUUUGGUAUGCUGGAUGCCAUGCAAAACUGCUGAGGAAUUACUUACUGGUGCUGUGUUUUACUACUUUAUGCAUGAUAAGUAUAGUAAGAAUGUCAUUCGUUCUUCUUCUCAAUACUAUAUCCCCACUUACAUUGCUGAAUAUUUAGACUUUGUUGGUGGUGUUCACAGAUUUCCAUCAAUCAAUUUUUUAAAAACACGCAAAGAAAAAAUUUCAACUUCAAUACCAUUUAAUAGUAAUUCAGUUCAUGUUGGUGUUUAUCCAAAAGUUUUGCGGGAAAGAUAUAAUCUUACUGCAGAAGAUGUUGGUUCACAUCCAGAUAAUGCACAAGUUGUUGCUCAAUUCUUAGAACAAUAUUUUGCUCCAGCGGACUUGAGUGAAUUUAUGUCACUCUUCGUUGGUAGUGAUUUUGUUCAUCACACUAAAAUUGAUAAAAUUAUUGGCCCAAACACUGGAAGAUCUGGAAUUGAAGCUAGUUUGGAUACACAGUACAUCAUGGGACUUGGUGCUAACAUAACAACUUGGUUUUGGAGUACAGCUGGUAGACAUGAAAACCAAGAGCCAUUCCUAGAGUGGAUUUUAGCUGUAGGUAAUACUACUACAGUACCUUGGGUACACAGUGUUAGUUAUGGAGAUAAUGAAGAUUCUUUGUCUCCUGAGUAUAUGAAAAGAAUCAAUGCUGAAUUUAUGAAAGCUGGAACAAGAGGACUUUCCAUAUUAUUUGCAAGUGGUGAUGAUGGAGCUGGCUGCAAGAAAAACAAAUUUAGACCAAGUUUUCCUGUUACAAGUCCUUAUGUUACAGGAGUUGGUGGAACAGGUUUUGUUAACCCAUUUGCUGCUGGGAAAGAAUUUGCAUAUGAAAUAAGUGGAGGAGGUUUUAGCAAUGUCUUUAGUCAACCAAGUUAUCAAUCUGCAAAAGUGGAAAAAUUCCUAAACUCAAGUGGUGUGCCAUCUGCACAAUAUUUUAAUAAAACUGGUCGAGCAUAUCCAGAUAUAGCUGCCAUCUCUCGUCACUUUUGGAUUGUAAAUAACCGCAUCCCUGUUCCAGGUGUCGCAGGCACAUCAGCAUCAACACCAACUGUUGCUGGUAUCAUAAGCAUGCUGAAUGAACAUCGAUUACACAACAAAAAGCCAACCAUGGGCUUCCUUAAUCCAUUUUUGUACCAAAAUGCACAGGCUUUGUUUGAUGUAACAAGUGGUUGCAAUGAAGGUUGCCUUUCUGGAGAUAAAGGUUUUUGUGCUACUACUGGCUAUGAUCCAGUAUCUGGUAAUGGUACCCCUAAUUAUCCGGAAUUGGUAAAAGCUGCAAUGAAGGUGUUUGCAUAGUUUCUUUACAACAAUAAAAACGAUAUGGAACAUUGAAAUUCCCGAAUUUUGAAAUUUCUUUUUUAAUUUUCUUUAAUUAUUUUGCAAUUUUUUUCUAACAGGUAAAACUAGAAGGCGUAGAAGCUUAACGAACAAGAUAAAAAUAAAUAAAAAUUAUUACCAUUAACAUUAGAAUUUUUUAUUAUUGAUUUUUUAUAGGAUUAAAAUUAUAGCAAUUUAUUAUUAAUACAUUUAAGUGCAUUUUA